AUGGCAGGAGGACCAGGAUUCCGUGGAAGUGCAUCGCGCACGGUUCAGAUGAUGGAGCUAUCUUCGAGACAAGCGCCCACACCUCGUCAUCGCGUGAAGGACGCGCGCCACGGUGAAACGGAGCGUGAAACGACUGUCCUGCCAGAAAUACCCAUCGACGUCGACACCAACGCGACCAUGAAUCCCGAAGACGACGGCGCAGCGCUCAAGCAAGCGGCAGUCUGUCGACGCGGGGUGCCUGCAAAACCUCCCAAGUUCCAGUCCAAGCUCAAGCAAAAGAUCUCGGAAUCCAAGUUGCUCCAGAUCGUCGACGUCGACGCCAGCAACCAACAAGACGACGAUGAACUCGUGUGCGAAUCAACUAUGAUCUCUGUCGACGUGAAAGAAGACCAAGGCUUCGAUCGGCGCGGCGUCCUCCACACCAUUCGAUCCAUGCACAAGCAGCAGCAGCAUGCAUCGAAAGCUGCUACGUAGGCAUGGUCAUAGCGUAGUCUGCUCCACCAACCACACACGACUGGCGCUUCAAAA